AUGAGAGAGAUCGUGCACGUGCAGGCCGGCCAGUGCGGUAACCAGAUCGGCGCCAAGUUCUGGGAGGUUAUCUGUGACGAGCAUGGCAUCGCUCCCGACGGGUCAUACGUCGGAGACAGCGACCUCCAGCUGGAACGCGCCAAUGUGUACUUCAACGAGGCCACCGGCGGGCGCUUCGUCCCCCGCGCCGUGCUUCUGGACCUGGAGCCCGGCACCAUGGAUGCCGUCCGUGCUGGUCCCAUCGGCCAGGUCUUCCGCCCCGACAACUUUGUGUUUGGCCAGUCUGGCGCUGGCAACAACUGGGCCAAGGGCCACUACACCGAGGGCGCCGAGCUGAUCGACUCCGUGCUGGACGUCGUGCGCAAGGAGGCCGAGGGCUGCGACUGCCUGCAGGGUUUCCAGGUCACCCACUCCCUGGGCGGCGGCACCGGCUCCGGCAUGGGCACCCUGCUGAUCAGCAAGGUGCGCGAGGAGUACCCCGACCGCAUGAUGUGCACCUACUCGGUGGUGCCCUCCCCCAAGGUGUCCGACACCGUGGUGGAGCCCUACAACGCCACGCUGUCGGUGCAUCAGCUGGAGGUCGACGAGCAGAUGUUGAACGUCCAGAACAAGAACAGCAGCUACUUUGUGGAGUGGAUCCCCAACAACGUCAAGUCCUCCAUCUGCGACAUCCCCCCCCGCGGCCUGAAGAUGUCCGCCACCUUCAUCGGCAACUCCACUGCCAUCCAGGAGAUGUUCAAGCGCGUGAGCGAGCAGUUCACGGCCAUGUUCCGGCGCAAGGCCUACCUGCACUGGUACACGGGCGAGGGCAUGGACGAGAUGGAGUUCACCGAGGCCGAGUCCAACAUGAACGACCUGGUCUCCGAGUACCAGCAGUACCAGGACGCCAUUGCCGAGGAGGACGCCGAGGGCGACGAGGACUACUGA